AUGGCCGACCGACGCGCCUCCGCCUCUCAGCAGGCCGACAUUGCUCUCGCCAAUCUUGGCUACCAGAGCCAACUGCCCCGCAACCUCUCCAUGCUCUCCGUCCUCGGCCUGUCCUUCGCCAUCAUGGCCGUGCCCUACGGCCUGUCCACCACCAUGGCCUACUCCCUCGUCAACGGCGGCUCCGUCACCGCCCUCUACGGCUGGUGCUUCGUCUCCAUCGUCUCGCUCUGCAUCGCCGCGUCCCUCGCCGAGAUCUGCGCCGUCUUCCCCACCGCCGGCGGCGUCUACUACUGGAGCGCCGUCCUCUCCGCCCCGCGCUGGGCGCCCGUCGUCAGCUUCGUCGACGGCUGGCUCACCCUCGUCGGCAACUGGACCAUCACCCUCUCCAUCAACUUUGGCGGCGCGCAGCUCAUCGUCUCCGCCAUCUACAUGUUCGACCCGAACUACGUCAUCCAGCCCUGGCACACCGUCCUCGUCUUCUGGGCCAUCAUGCUCGUCUGCGCCGUCAUCAACGCCUUUGGCUCUCGGCACCUCGACCUCAUCAACAAGGUCUGCAUCUACUGGACUGGCGCCAGCGUCAUCAUCAUCCUCGUCACCCUCCUGACCAUGGCCGACACCCGCAACUCGGGCCGCUAUGUCUUCGCCCACUAUGACAGCUCCCAAAGCGGUUGGCCCGCCGGCUGGUCAUUCUUUGUCGGUCUGCUCCAGCCCGCCUACGUCCUCACCGGCUACGGCAUGGUCGCCUCCAUGUGCGAGGAGGUCCAGAACCCCGAGCGCGAGGUCCCCAAGGCAAUCGUCCUGUCCGUCGCCGCUGCCGGCGUCACCGGCCUGUUCUACCUCGUCCCGCUGCUCUUCGUCAUCCCCGAGGUCAGCGCGCUGCUGCAGGAGGCCAACGACAAGGCCGGCGGGCAGCCCAUCGGCAUCAUCUUCAAGCACGCCACCGGCUCCGCCGGCGGCGGCUUCGGGCUGCUCUUCCUCGUCCUCGGCAUCCUCAUGUUCGCCGGCAUCGGCUCACUCACCGCCGCCUCCCGCUGCACCUACGCCUUUGCCCGCGACGGCGCCAUCCCCGGCUACAAGCUGUGGCGCCGCGUCCACUCGGGCCUCGACGUGCCCGUCUGGGCCCUGACCCUCUCCACCAUCGUCAUCUCCCUCCUCGGCUGCGUCUACUUUGGCUCCCCCACCGCCUUCAACUCCUUCACCGGCGUCGGCACCAUCUGCCUGUCCGCCUCGUACGCCGUGCCCGUGCUCGUCAACCUCGCCCAGGGCCGUGUCGCCGUGCGCCACUCGCCCUUCGCUCUUGGCCGCUGGGGCGUCCUCGUCAACGGCGUCUGCGCCGUCUGGAUCUUCUUCGCCAUCGUCAUCUUCUCCAUGCCCAGCUCCCUCCCCGUCCAGGCGGACACGAUGAACUACGCGUCGGUCGUCUUUGCGGGCUUCGCGGCCAUCGCGGGGCUCUGGUACCUGGUGCACGCGCGGCACAACUUCACCGGCCCGCCCAUCCUGCGCAGCGACUCGGUCGGCGCGACGGACGGUGUGGCUCCGAGGGACUCAAAUACGGACUCGCCAGAUUACGAAAAGGAAGCCAAGUAG